UUUCUGUGUAUACAAAAAACCGGAAGUCGACAAGACCAAAAGCGUUUCGUUGAAUUAAAAUCUACCGCCAUCCUUCUUAAUAUACAACUUAUAUUCCUUAUUUUACUCAUUUGUUAUCACGAAAGCGUUUUUAUGACCACCAUCGACAAAUCGUUUGGUGCUUCUUUUGAUCCUUUCAAGGAAGCAUCAACAGAUGACAACAAUGCAGGUGUGCAAGAAAACUUAAUACACAUACGAAUCCAGCAAAGAAAUGGUAGAAAAACAUUAACAACUGUCCAGGGGAUCUCAACAGAUUAUGACUUGAAAAAGAUAGUCAAGGCUUGUAAAAAGGAAUUUGCCUGCAACGGAACUGUGGUAGAACAUCCAGAAUAUGGUGAGGUUAUCCAGCUACAGGGGGAUCAAAGAAAUCGUAUACGUGACUUCCUUAGAGAUAUUGGAAUUGCUAGAGAAGAACAGUUAAAGGUCCACGGUUUCUAAAUCAGCAUCUGAUGUAUCGAUUCAAGCAGCCUUCUUCAUCAUGUUCCCAUGGACAGUUGAACUUCACACUUAAAUUCUUGAUUGUACAAUGUUAGUGAAAAGGUUCUUGGUAAAGAUGUCAAUGUGUUGAUGUUGAAAAUUUCUGUCGACCCAUACAAAAACAAUAUUUAUUCAUGAUGGAAGAUCUGGUUGUAUGUGUAAGUGAAUCGGCACUGUACUAUGUAUGGUAGAAUUUUUAUGUUUUCAUUUUCAUGUAAAUAUUGACGUCCUGUAAUUUCAUAAUAAACUUUUAAAUAAUGGA